GGCUGGAGUGAGAGCCUCUCUGCUCCGUGCCUGGGGCUCGGCGGAGCAGGGACCGGGAUGCCCGGGCCGGCCCUUCGCUGAGAGCCGUCGUCUGAGAGGCGCCGGCGGGACAUCCCCCUCCAGCGCCGGGUGGUGGCACAGCGCCGGCGGGCAGGGCAGAGCCGGACCAGGCGGCGGGUGGAACCCCCCUUCUCCCUUCCUCCUUCUCCUCCUCCUCUUCCUCCUCCUCCUGUUAACUUGGCCGCGGCGGGCGGGGCGGUGCGCUUCGCCCUCCGCCGGCGGCGGGGGAUGCGCGGGAGGCGGCGGGAUGGCCUCGGCCGUGUUUGAGGGCACCUCGCUGGUGAACAUGUACGUGCGGGGCUGCUGGGUGAACGGGAUCAGGCGGCUCAUCAUCAGCCGGCGGGGCGACGAGGAGGAGUUUUACGAGAUCCGCACCGAGUGGUCGGACCGCAACAUCCUCUACCUGCACCGCAGCUACUCCGACCUCGGCCGCCUCUUCAAGCGGCUCCUCGACUCCUUCCCCGAGGACCGGUCCGAGCUGUCCCGAUCCCCCUUGCUCCAAGGGCUCAUCACAAUAAAGGAAGCCCAUGAUAUAGAAGCCAGACUUAAUGAGGUGGAAAAGCUUUUGAAGAGUAUUAUAAACAUGCCAUGGAAGUAUUCAAGAUCUGAAGUUGUCCUCACAUUCUUUGAGAGAUCUCCUUUGGACCAGGUUCUAAAAAAUGACAAUGUCCAUAAAAUUCAGCCAAGCUUUCAAAGUCCAGUUAAAAUAUCAGAAAUCAUGCGAUCAAAUGGAUUUUGUUUAGCCAACACUGAAACAAUAGUCAUUGACCACAGUAUACCCAAUGGAAAAGAGAAGCACCUGGAUGUAGAUUCAGCAGAACACUUGUUCGAAAGUGUUAGUGACUUUACCUCAGAGCUAGAAGACAGCGAUGAUCCAACAGCUUAUGUCACCAAUUUGACAUACUACCACCUGGUCCCAUUCGAGACUGAUAUUCUGGACUGAAGGCUUCUCAGUGACACAGUCUGCCAGCAUCCAGCUGACCUCUUUGUCCAUAGGCUCUGCUAUCACCGGUGUUGCAUCUCUGUGAAUAUGGCUGUGCAGGCAAGACCACCAGCAGAGAAGCUACAUCAAGUGCACUACAAAGCUGGUUUUGUAGUCUGGCCCUCUGUUGUGUGUUAUGGAGGCAUCUUGUAAGGAGGUAACUGCUUUGCUGUUGACAACAAACUCAUUUUAUGUGAAACCAAGACAGCAGAGGCCUCUUGGAGCUCAAGGAAAUCUCUGCUGUGUCUGUGGGAAUUGCUGCUCUGUCACAGCCAUUAGAAACUUGUACUGUAGUACUCUGUCACCCACGCUGCUUGGGUUGCAGUGCAAGUUGAGGCUUCCUCUUUUAGGAUACCAUGAGAAAUUUCCCCAGAUGGUGUGACCACACUUUUUAUGCUAUGUAAGCAAGAAGGCAAGCAAACCAGCUGAAUUUUGUCAGUUCCCUCUGUGGUUGCUUAAUGGAGGUCUUGUGGGUCACUUUUUGCUCAGCUACCGGAGGACUGGUGCCUUACAUGAGAUGUCAGAAAUACCAUUGAGUGCCUACAGGAAACAGAACAGGAGCUGACUGCUUUAUUUCUUUUAAUCAUGGGGUUUUAUAUAAUUACUGAAGAAGCAACUACUCUUUCCUGGAAUAGUAAAGCAGACAGCAGCUGGCAUUGCAAUGGACUGUGCAUGAUUUUGGGGUACCUAUAUGAUUUCAGAGAUCUGGAAAGCUGAUGGGAAAGCUGAGCUGCCCUGCUAAAAAGGGUCAGGGCUAUUGCAGGCACUUGGAUAUGAUUUUUUUUUCAUGUGGACCAGCAAAUGUGAAUGGUGCUUACAGUUUUUUACAUCAGAGGGAGAAUUCCUUAUGCAUAUUUCUUCCCAGAGGAUGGGUAGAAAGGUAAUAAGAAUUAUGUUGUGUUUGGACUGAAAAAGAAUGGCAAGCUACAGUGUUUCUACAGUGGUAGAAAAAGCCUUCUCUCUGCUGCCAGCCUGGCUCAAGGAAUCUGCCUAGCUUUUCAACAUCUGCCCAUGGGGCCAGGAGCAGCUGUCAUUGUCAUGUAAUGCCAUGGAUUUUAGUGGAGGCAGGACGGUGGAAGCAAGAGCAGGAUUGGACCCUGCAGCCUCUUGACUACUGAGUAGUUGCAAUGUUGAAACCUCCUUGGGGUCUCUUUCAUGAAGCACUCUGAAAUCCCAGCUCUCACUGAGUGCUCAACGUAAAUGUGACCUUUCACUGAGUUUUUUGCAAUCUGUUUGCAAACACGAAUUAGGAUGAAUCAAAAUGGGAAGGAAUGCAUUUUGGACUUGUUUCUUGGUAAAAGGGCUUGCUUGGUCCUGAAGAAGUUGAUACAUCUCCCUUCUGCAGACUUUCUAUUUCUAUCUGUAGCAUAACAGUCAAACAGAAUUUGCUAAUGUAAAUAAUAAAUUAUUGAGAAUCCUAAUUCUUUUACACAGUAUGUUUUAAAAAUAUAUUUUAAUGAAAUAAAAUAUAGCUCACCUUCAGUACAUGUCUGCAGCUUAAAACAGUGCCUUCCUCUGUUUGUUUGUUUGUUUAUUUGAAGAUGCUUUCCCAGCCAUGCCAAACCCGCCUUCUUUUUCUAGUAGUUUUGGAAACAUGCCAAGCUUGGACAAGUCUUUCUGUGCUCCAUGAGUUGCCCAUAUUGUAGAUAUGGUGCAUUCCCCUGUCAAACCUCUCCAUCUAACUGUUGAUCUUGUGUCUAGGUGUAUGUGGUUUCAUGCCACUAAAUCUAGUGGAGGAAUUCUGCAUUUUCAAGACUGUAAGUGAAAUUGAAUCUAGCAGUUUUUCUUUUUGAAGAUAAAGCAGAUUCUUUUAUGAUAGAUUUCUGGAAUAGAAAGGGAUGUUCUCACUCAUGCAAAGGUUUUCUGAGUAGCCUCUUGAAUUAGAAUGGGAAGGUUUCCAUCUAUUUAUUUACUCUCAUUAGUUUUAACUCUUGCUUCAGUGCUUUUACUUAUGCAUGAUGGGGUAGAAAUAGCAUCUAGUAAACAUGUGCAUUGGACUGGGAACUGGAUUGUUUGAUUUCAGUUCCUGGCCCUGCUAUCAACCUACCAUGUUGCUUCAGGUAAUUCUACUUCAUUUCCUUAUCCCUGAGUUUCCCUUGAAUAAUAUUUUGAAAAGCACCAAGUGUCAUUGGCUUUUGACGCAGUAUUGUCUCCUGUUUAAUUUGAAUUUUCCUAUGGAUUUUUAACCACUUGAUAACUACUUAUCUUUUUCAAAGCACUUUAAAAUACCUCGAUUAAAAAUAGAGAAAUAUUGCCAAUUUUAAAAAUGUAGAGGCACAUUCCUCAUAUGAAAGCCAGCUAAGAUGCAUGUACAGUAAAGUCUUCAUGGAAGGGGGAGUCUAAUGCAAGGGAACUAAUCCACAAACCAAAGCUGCACCCAUUUCACCUGGAUUUUUCAAAAGCCAUUUUGAUCAAGUGUUUUCCAGAGAUGAUGUCAUGUGAUUUAUUUCUCUUAGCUGCAAUACACUUAUUUGAUAAAUCAAAGGAAUGCAAA